GUCGGACAAGAAUGAAUUCCGUUUCAAGCCGAGACAUUCAGUCUGGAUCAGUGUGCAAGUUCAUGGGAUUAUAUAAACUCCUACGUGUUUAAGGGAGGUGGAGACACCUUGCCACCCCCCUCCUCCGUCCUUGACUGAAAGCACCAACUAAUUUUUGCACAAGGGAGACUCUUGAAGCACUCCCAGAGCCCUUGAAAUGGAGACUUCCGAAGACUAUCGUACUAGUAACGGCCAAUGCUCUCCUGGUAAGGAGAACUCGAGAAUGUUGGCGGAUAUAUCAGCACCUAAUGGAGAGACAGUUCCUCAGGGUCCUAAUUCCCCUGGUGAACUGACAAUUAAGCAAGAAGAAGAAAUCAUGGAGGAGUCUGACAACAGAAGUCCAGCAGUGGAAGAAAUAGGCCAAACAGGGGAAGAAGGAGUAGCACUAGAGGAAUCCAUGAGUGGCAGCCCAAGCAACGCACAGGAUGGGUUAUCUGGGCCAAAUGUGACAGGCGAAUCAGGAAAUCGACCAAACGGAGACAGGCCGUUCCAGUGUAACCAGUGUGGUGUGUCGUUCACCCAGAAGGGAAACCUGCUACGACACAUCAAACUCCAUACAGGUGAAAAACCCUUCAAAUGCCCCUUCUGCAGCUACGCCUGCCGGAGGCGCGAUGCCCUCACUGGUCAUUUGCGCACUCAUGCUGUCGGCAAACCGCACAAGUGUAACUACUGUGGGCGGAGUUACAAACAGCGGACAUCUUUAGAGGAACAUAAAGAGCGUUGCCAUGGUUACCUGCAGGGUAUCGGCUUGGAUCCUAAUGUCAACAGUGGGCCUUACACAGGUGACGUUCCAAAAGAGCCAAGGCCCAUGCCAGAGCCCACCAUGGCUACCUUUGAUCGGCCACCUGUUAUUGAAAGACUGCAUAGCAAUGUAGGCAAGAGGAAGAGCACCACACCUCAGAAAUUUGUGGGUGAAAAGAUGCCUCGCUAUAGCUAUCCUGAUAUGAGCUAUGACAUGGCCGUUAAGUAUGAGAAGCAGUCUGAAAUGAUGCCACCCCACAUGAUGGACCAGGCUAUCAACAAUGCCAUCACAUACCUGGGAUCAGACACCCUACGCCCCAUGCUCCACCAUCCAGGUCCUCCACUUUCUAUGGCUGAGGUGGUGCCUAUUGUGAACCCACUCUUCCCCCAUGUCCUGCCACUGAGCCAACGAACAGAACGUUCAGGAAACUGUGACACACUACCAACACAGCCGCCUCAGCCCCAUGAGUUCCCCGGUCAUCCCACCUCAAAUGGCCCCACUGGUUUAAUAAGGCCAGGUAAGCAGCCCCAACAAGGGCAAGAGGAGUCACCCAGCAACAGUGGUGUUGAAUCUGCUGACUCAGCUCGCAGCAGCCCUCAGGAAAGGCAGGGAUACCAUGGCAGCAAUGCCCCCGUGGGCCUCAGGUCUCGUGGCAGUCCAGCAGUGGUCUUUUCAGGUGAGCGGCUGAGAGAUGCAUCACCUAGAAGUGGGGCAGGAGUCGGGGUUGGGAUAAUGCGACUGGCUACAGAGAGGCCUGUGAGCCAGGAAGGGAUACGGGUGUUUGGACGGGAGGGCCAGGAAUUAAGGGCCUUCCAGUGUGAGCACUGUCGAGUGCUCUUCCUGGACCAUGUCAUGUACACCAUCCACAUGGGUUGCCACGGAUACAGAGAUCCACUGGAGUGCAACAUCUGUGGUCACCGGAGCAAGGACCGCUAUGAGUUCUCCUCUCACAUAGUACGUGGUGAACACACCUUCCAGUAAGAGGAUGGGUAGAAAAUUGAGGGAUAGACAAAGAAGUGAAAGGAGCAAUACCCUGAUAUCCGUCCUAAUCUCCUCUGAGACUGCAUUGUUGAAUGGCAUUGUAGACAAGUGUAGCACAAUCACAGACUUCUUUUUAAGCUACUUAUUGUGAAUCUGAACAGUUUAACAAUCACAUGAAGGUAUGGGCCAAAGACACAUUUUGUACUAUUUAAUUGCGAUUA